AUGCCGCCUUCAAGAGCUUGCGACCGCUGCUACGGAAUCAAAGCCCGCUGUACUUUCAGUGAUGACCAGGAUGCCUGCGAUCGCUGUUUUCGCCUACGCCACAGAUGUGUGACCAAUCGACGAACAGGCAAGGCGGGGCGACCGCGGACGCGCACGUUAUCGUCUGGGUCGUCGGUACAGCAAACCUCGCUGAAAUCACAGACUCCGCCGAGCAGAGAUGUCGAAACGGCUCUCGAGCCUCCAGCUGAGGUGCUGGAGGCACUCAAAGACUUGGAGCCAGCCGAAGUGAAGCUCGCGCAGUACCUGGUACAGGAUCAUCGACUGGACCGUCGAUUCGUCAACAGCUUCGCCAUCGAGUCCUUCUUUUCGAAUACUAUGGAGUCUUCUCUCAUUCGACAGCUUCUUGAUGGGCCAGCUCAGGUCAAGGACGCUUUGCUAGCCUUGGCAGGAGCGCUCAAAGCAGAAGAGGAGACGGACUCUGAACUGGGCACUGCAGCAACUGUGAAGAACAUGGAGUGGUGCUGCAAUGCCCUUCAGAAGCUGCGACUGAGUGACUCUGCGACCGAAGAUGACGCCAAGGUGAUAUUGUUCGUGGCCGAUUGCCUGGUCUCGGUCAAUGAUCUGACAUUCGGGUACGGCUUCCUGCCUAUCGCUCAAGCAGCCUUGCUAGCAAUAAAACCUUGGUAUCCUCAACUGAUCAAUGCCGGCUCGGCUCAAGUCGACCCACACCUUGUUCCACUGAUAUUUGCUGAGGUGAUGGAAUGUGGGAAAUGUGGCGAGAUUCCAUCGUUCAGAUGGUCUCAGCCUACUACACAGCUCAUCGAGCGAUCGUAUGGCAUCGCUCAAGAAGCCCUGCCGCACCUAUACGAUAUAUCUGUGCUGAUACAUGAUAUCAAAAUCUCAUUGCUGGAUCCAGUCACAGUGCAACACCGGAUAGCCGAAAUUAGUAGGGAGGUCGACAAUUGGGUUCCGCAAAUUCAGCCCCAUGCGGCCGAGCAUCAAGGACUCUAUCUUAGCCAAGACCAGAGGUGCCAAAUGGUCCGUCAUGCAAAUUGUUACAAGCUGCUUGCACAACUCCUGCUUGCACAGCUCCAGGCUCAGUCACAGAAUCAGCAUCUGAUUCGCACGCAGAUCGCCCAGAAGAUUCGGGAUGAGGUGGCCAAAUUCUUUACCACAGACACUCACCAGGUACUGUACUUGCUCUGGCCCUACUUUGUUGCAUGUACCGAGCUAGAAGACACGAACGAGCAGGCAUUGGUGCUGAGUCAGAUGAAAUAUCUCAGCGGUGGCAUCGCUACGCAGUCAUGCAACUGCAUGUAUAAAUUCCUACAAUUUGUGUGGGCAACAGCAGCGAUUGACCCAACGGUGACCUGGCUUGAGCUCGUGGAAGCAGGCUCGGAGUUUUCAAUCGGGCCUUGA